CUUAUAUCAGAUAUAAACUUUUGUUUUUCUCUAUUAGCUCACAACAAAUAGGAGCACCUUAUAAUUCUCACACAUUUUCACGAGCUUAAGAAUUUGUGUUGAGGUAGCUAGGAGUACUAAUUAGUAAUUACAGUAGUUGCCACAUUUGUCCAAAACAAUAACAAAGAAAACACAGAAAAAUGCCGGGAGCUUCACUGAGCAAUAUCUUCAAACACCUUUCCUACAUUGCGCGCAUCCAAUUUCCAAGACGCUCACACCGUCUUCUUCAUCGUCCCUUACAUUAUCUCUCCUCCUUCAACUCCUCUCAUCUCACUUCCUCAUUUCCUAAGCUCAGCCUAAACCACCAAUGGCGACCCUCUUCUUCGUCUUCUUCCUCUGCUGCUUCUUCUUCUCCGACGACCUCCAAGGAUUCCAGCGUGCCCCCUUAUCUCUCUGUGCUCAUAAAAUGCCGUAAAGAUGUCGCUGACUCCUUUUCCGAAGCUCUUUUAAAUUUUGGUGCAAAUUCUGUCAGUAUGGAUGAACACGAUGACUACGAGGACUCUGAUGAGGUCAGCAUAUGUUCAAUAUUCACUGAAUGUGAAGAUGUGACUCCAUCCAUAUCACGCGCCGCUGAUUCUGUUGGCAUAGAAAUGCCAACUUUUGAACUCUUAAAAUAUGAUCCCUAUGACUGGAUAAAAAGAAGUCAGGAAUCGUUUGACCCAGUGGAAGUAACCAAGGGCUUAUGGAUUGUGCCAGAGUGGAAAACUGCUCCUGAUGCACGAGCUACAAAUAUUAUUCUAAAUCCUGGUUUAGCUUUUGGAACUGGAGAGCAUGCUACAACCAAGAUGUGUCUUCUUUUGCUACAUCAAACUGUGAGAGGAGGUGAACGCUUCCUGGACUAUGGAACAGGGUCUGGAAUUCUCUCCAUUGCGGCACUCAAGUUGGGUGCUGCUUUGUCAGUAGGAGUUGAUAUUGACCCUCAAGCAAUAACAGCUGCACAUCAGAAUGCUGAAUUGAAUCAUAUAGAACCUGAGAAAUUGAAGUUGUAUUUAGUUCCUUCAGAAGACGGUGCUUCUCUUGUAGACAAAAAGGAGUUUCCUGCAGAUAAAAAAUUUAUGGACACGGAUAAAUAUGACAUAGUCAUUGCAAAUAUAUUGUUAAAUCCGCUUCUUGCGUUGGCAGAUGAGAUUGUUUCACUGGCUAAAGCAGGAGCAACUGUUGGUCUCUCUGGUAUAAUUCAUGAGCAGGUUUCAUCUGUUAUAGAACGAUAUUCAGCAUUCUUGGAAGACAUUUCAGUGUCAGAAAUGGAAGAUUGGGCUUGCAUAAAGGGAAAAAAGAAGGCCAAUUGAAUGACAAAUUAAUUCAUGGAGUGAAUUAAGAAAUGGUCGGGGUAAAACGAAGAUAUUAAUUCAUGUCCAGACAUUUCUGUAUGUUUUACUGAAACUGAAGCGCUGCUUGUUAAAAGGGGGGAAUUACUGUUUUGAGUUUUGACAUCCAUAACAUUUAUCUUGCAGUCAAGCUGUAUUAGGUGUCUAGUUUUCUGAUGUAUAUGUAUGCAUAACUCUUGUUUUUGCCUGUAAUUACAAACAUGUAAGUUAGGCUAUGUUUGUCA